UUGCACGUCUGGCCGAUUGGAGCACGAAGCGCAUGCGCGUUCUGCAACCGCACACACAUCUUCAAAGUCAAUUAGAACUUUGAAAACUUGGAAACUUCUCGGUAAAAGUCAUCACGCGCUCAUCGGUCGCCAUUGAAGUCAGCUAGCAAGUGCUCCUCAUGCAGUUGAAGUGUUUUGGCGCUGGCGGGAUGCACAAAGACCUGAAGAAGUACUUGAAGAAGUACUUUGUCAACAUGGACGACUACCUGGACAGCCUGGGCCUCUAUCGCAAGAUAGUGGCGAGGGAUGCGUCCAGCCUCUUCCUAGCCGUGUCAGAGCAGAUCGUUGAAGGCUCCUUUGUGAAAUACCUGGAACGUCUGGAGGACCCCAAGGAGACCGGGGGUCAGGUGGAGAUCAAGGCCAUUUCUCAGCGCUACAGAUGCCGCUUCCUGGUCUACCGUUACCCUGGGAAACCUCCCUCGGCCAUUUCAGAAGGCGAAAUUGUAGACAAGCUGAUGCUGUGCUGCUCCAUCAAUGGCCACUAUGACAUCAUCUACACCAGGACUUAUCGCGCCUCCGCCGCCCUAUGCCAGGCGGUUUUGUAUGAGCGACUCUACACCAAAGUCUUUGGUUGCCAGGCCAUGGAGGUCUCCAUGGUUAGCGGUCGUACACUCCUCCCCGCUCCCCCCAUGUGCGGCGACAUAGAUAUCGGCUCCAGGGAGGAGGCGGAGUCAGGUGCUGCCGCAGAGGAGACGCAGCGAGCAGAGAGCGGCAAGCCGCCCUGUAUAUCGUCUCUGCCGUGCAAAGUGAUCAAGUCUCUCGAUGGCGAUGUCUACAGAAAAUUCUGGCAGGAAUUGUGCAAAGAGAUGCAGAAGAAGAAGACAAUCUACCUGGUGUUUGCGGGGAAGCGGUACUUCCUGGGAGACAAGUGUCAGGUGCGUCUGGAGCCAGAUGGAAUGUACUUCAACGCUUUUAUCCAGGAAGUCGGAAAGCACUCGAACGCUGUCACAGUCUUCAUAGAAGAGCUGGGAGAAAGACACCUGGUUCCUCUGACCGACCUCAACCCAGUUCCCGCCUGGAAUGUCGCCACAGCGUCUCGGAAAGGACGCCUUGAUUCCGAUGUUUGCGGUCGACGCCAUCGACGCCGUUCCCAUCCCUACUUCAGGAGGCCUUGUGGCAGCAGCGGUAUAAAAGGAGCGGUGCUUUUGGUACCGCCUCCAGCAUACGGAGGCCCGGCUCCAUUGUGUUUCCAGCCAGCGGGUAACCCUCGACCCCCACCACCUCCACCUUCCAGAAGCUCCCGUUUCCUGAACCUUGGUCCCCAACUGGUAUACUACGGCCCCACCGGGAGGCAUUACUAUUACGAUGAGAGCUAUGCCUUCAGGUCCCGUCGUCGUUGGCGUCAUUGGCAUUGGCUGCAACAGAUGGCGGCGGCGCUUCACAAAGAAUGCCAGUUUGCCUUCCCCGACACUGCAGAAGAAUCAGCUGACCUGGAUGGCGCCAUCACGUAUUCCCAGCUGGAUGACGCUAACGAGGCUGCUUUUCCACCACAGACGGCUCCGUCGGUGGCCCCGCCCCCUCCGGUCGGCUCAGCAGCAGGACACGCCAUUGCGUGUUCCUCAGAGGAAGAGCAAGUGGAUGCCAGCACCGUGGAAGACCAGGACUUCUACAGCACUCAGGAUCCCGCCUCCCAGACAGCCAUAGUCUCUGCCCCCGCUGAGCCUGCCAUUCGCCAGGACCAGCAGGAAGAAGGGGUGGCGAACUCUCCUCCAAGAGCUGACAUGAGCCACAGCUACACGCAGCAGGCGGUGAAGCCAUUAGGGGUCAUCUCUUCACCUUCAUCCUCCCCUCCAUCAUCACCCUCUUCACCCUCAUCAUGUGCACCUGCCGCCUCUCACCUGCCUGUGGCCGCCUCCCCCUGGUUGGUUAACGAGUUGGGGGAGACACUGUGCACGGUGGUGACUCCGCCUCCUUACUCCUAUGACUCCAAUGGCAACGACUUGCCCAGAGACUACAGAGUGCUCCAGUACUACUUCAACCUGGGACUGCAGUGGUACCAUCGGAGCUGCUGGCAGCAACAGCAGGCGUACACCCCCUCUUCCCCUGACACCCCCUACCUGAGUCAGGAGGCCCCCCUGCACGCUGCCCCCCACUCCUAUCCCGAGGUGGGACGAAGGCCUUACCAGCUGUCGCCCUCCUACCCAGAUUCCAACAGGGCCGUUUAUAGACAGCCAGGCACACACGGUGGCGGCCCCACCCCCUCAAUGGAAGGCUAUUCUGUCAAUGGUCUGCCUUCACGCCCCGUCUCAUCCUCCGCUCUCUUGUACCAGGAUCAAACAGCACUACUGCAUCUGCCGUACGAAGCUCCACCCCCUGCUACCUACCUGUCUUCUGCCCCACCUCGUCUCCCUCACACCGCCCACAACACUCACCUCCCUACCACCCGUCUACGCCCCUCUACCCACUGGAGGGGCGCUGCAGACAGGCGGCCAUGGCCCCCGGGUCUACUGCCCCGCCAGUAACCCUGCACAUGUUGUCGUCACAGAGCAUCCCCCCCACCACCCAAGCCCUCAUUACAUCCCUCCAGCCGUCUACACAGUUCUUGGCUAAUGUCUCCCAAGUAUGCAUGUUAGCGUUACUGCAUCACAUGUCUUUGCAAGGUUAACUUGUCAUGGUUGCCAUAUAAGCCAGCUUAUAUAAGCCAGUCUGAGCCAGCCAGUCAGAGAGGGGCUGAGAGAGGGGCGUGGCCAGUCCCUGGUUAUUAUGAAAGGGAUGUUUUGUGUGUGUGUGUUAUUCCGGGUUCAAUAAAGUUGGUCACCAGCAGAA